AAUCAUGCCUGUUAUCAAGAAACCGCUAGGGGAAACAACUCCAUCAAAGGACAAACUAGACAUCGCGUUCAUCCACCCAGACUUGGGGAUCGGUGGCGCAGAAAGACUUGUGGUGGACGCGGCCAUGGGACUUCAAAAUCUCAACCAUAACAUUCACAUCUACACGUCUCAUUGUGACAAGUCACAUUGUUUCGAAGAGGUAGGCAGUGGCGAGCUUGAAGUUUCGGUCUAUGGGGACUUCUUCCCGACGAAAAUCGCCGGGAAAUUGCACAUUUUGUUUGCCAUUUUGAGACAAUUUUACCUUACAAUCAAACUUAUUUUCACUGGAGAAAUCUUAAAGUAUGAUUACUUUAUAGUGGACCAGUUGUCAUUCUGUGUACCCCUUCUUGUCCUUUUUGCCCGUGAGAAUGCCAGAGUGUUGUUUUAUUGUCAUUUCCCGGAUCAAUUGCUUGCUCAAAGAGGCUCAGUGGUCAAGAAGUUGUAUCGUCAACCAUUUGAUGCUCUUGAACAAUGGACCACCGGGAUAAGUGAUAGAAUUGUUGUGAACUCCAAUUUCACCAAGUCCAUGUUUCACAAGACGUUUAGUCAGUUGAGCUGGGUCGAUCCCGGGGUCAUUUAUCCCUGUGUAGACCUUGCCUCUGCUGCUGUUGACCCAGAAGCUGAUCUUGAAGUGAAGGAGUUUUUAACCUCCGAAUUUUUCCUUUCGGUGAAUAGAUUUGAACGUAAAAAAAACAUUGAGCUUGCCAUUUCACUGUUUGCCAAGUUCAAGAGUGAGUUCCAUAAGAGAGGUGAAUCACCCAGUGCUAGAAGCAAACCAAGAUUAGUGAUUGCUGGAGGGUUUGAUGCCAGAGUCAGUGAGAAUGUUGAGUAUUUGCGAGAACUCACUCAUUUGGCCGAAUCUCUUUAUUUGAAUGCUUUCACCAUUAGAGGGAAGCUUCUUACUCUCCCACCUUCAACGGAUAUUCUCUUCUUACCAUCCAUCAAGUCGUCCAUCAAGACCUCGUUAAUAAAACAAUGUGAACUUCUUCUCUAUACCCCAUCUUUUGAACAUUUUGGUAUUGUUCCAGUGGAAAGUAUGUUGUGUCAAACCCCAGUGUUGGGUGCCAACAAUGGAGGUCCUUUGGAAUCGAUUGUGAAUUAUGAUUUCACGCUGGCUACAAGAGAUUCUGCCACUGGGUACAUUUGUGAACCUACCCUGGAGAAAUGGGGUAAUAUCUUGAUAAAGCAUUACUUUGAAGUCGACCCUUCCACAAAGGAACAACUAGGCACCAAUGGGAUUGCUAGAGUGGAAAAGAUUUUCCUGAGAGAUGAAAUGAGUAGAGCAUUUAUGGAUAAUUUGAAUAAGACUGCUACAAGACCUAACAAGGGUAAACUUUUCACAAUCUUACUGUUUUGGCAAUUGGAAGCUGUCGUGUUAAUAUCGGGUAUAGUAUUAGCUAUGUACAAGAGAUAGAAGAAAUACACAUAUACAUAUAUAUGAAGUAUAUC